UUGUGUGUAGACGCUGUCCUUGGUACAACCGUGCAUUUAUAUUAUUUUCUGAAAAAGAGUAUAGUCGCUAUAAUUCACCGGGUGAAUUAAUUAAUACUUGUGUUGAUAUUAUUAGUUUUGCUGAGUUAUUGGAGAUUUUUGAGUUCGACGCUAACUACCUACGCUGAGAAAAUUAUAACCAAUUCAAACUGGAGCUUAGAAAAGCUUUUGGCAGCUUGGCUACAGACCACUAAAUUAUCAUGGAAGUCAGUAAGAUGCGGAUAAAACCUGGGGAUAACGUCACAGAAUUUGUAUUCAAAAUCCAGUAGAAGUAUCAGUCGAUGCAGAUACCUCCACUAGUAUCAGAACAAGUCGCUUCUAGGUGCAUAGAGGAGGCUCAACACCCUGAACUGGUAGUGAAUGAAACUGCGAAGUUUCAAGACAAACCCAGAUUCAAUAUGAUACAAUCUCCGGCUGAUGAUGUAGCCUACGAAGAAGAUGAAUUGGAACCGUCCAGAUGUAAUAUGAUGGUUGCACCACCACCAGCAACCUACAAUAAUAAAUAUGGCGUGCAAAUGAGAAGUAACACAAAUUAUCACAGACCGCAAAAUUAUCAAAAUAAAAAUAAUAAUAGAUCACAACAUUAUAGACCUCGUUGGAAUCAGGAGCCAGAAAGGUUAUCCGGCUUCAACCAGAAUCCAGUAGUUGCUCCAAGAUACAAUAGACCAUGUUUCAACUGUGGAGUUUCAGGUCACGCUUUCGAAGUGGAACAUCGAAGACAAAGAUCCCGAGAGGGAGUCCGGGGUUGGACGGAAGCAACCCGGAGAGUCUAUCGUCGGACCACGUGGGCAGGCAGACCCUAUGGUCCUCCAGGUAGGAACCCACAUUGCAGGUGGGUAGCUAACCCACCAGGCAGGUUGUGGAUACCGGAGGAUCCAACACCGGGGGCACCACGCCAGUCUGCACUCCAGCGACUAGGUCCAGUGGUGUUGGGGGACCGACCAAGCUUUUCCAGCCGCCCCGUGGAAGCCAUGGUGAAUCAGUUUACAAGCGAGGCCUACUACUCUGUGGAGCCCAUCUGCGCUAACAAACCCACUCAUCAAGGUGCUGCAACUUCACGGCCAUCGGCAGCGGUGAGUGAGGUUAAACGACCUUCGACUGGGUCUCCCAAACCCACUCGCCAUGUAGCUACACAAACACCAGCAUCUUCGAGUGAGGCUAAAAGACGCAGGCUGAAGGACCAAAAACGAAAAUAUCAGCGGCAGGCUAAGUUGGCGAAGAUUUUUGAGCCGUCUGAGGAGAAAAUCGUGACGGAAGGAUUGAAGAAACUCUCAAUCCAAGCCGAGCCGGUCUGGCAGGUGGCCCGAUGGAGAAGAGAGAAGGUGGAUAUUCCUGGGUUAUUAUUAUCGUUCCGUCAACCCAAAGCCGAGGGUGGUAGUCCAAGUACCUUUUCUACAGCAGCCAACCCAAUAGCUCCACGACCCCAGGAAAAUCCAGCCCCUACUACAAUCGACCCACUGUCUGUCACGAGUCCAUCUGUCAGACCAAUUGUUACACCAUGGCAAGAUGAAGCAAGAGCUUUGCCCCCGUCAACAUCAUCAACAACAUCAACAUCUCCAUCAUCUAAGCCAGCAGCAACAACAGCUAAAGUGGCUCGAUUGCCAACAAGCGGCAGCAAAUCAACACCAACUGUUCCAUCAACCGCGUUGGCAACAACAUCAGCCAAAACAACUCAACCAGCAGCAGCACAGGGCCUAGCCGGACAACGAGUCCAAACCAGACCCGUUGUCCAGGCUGGUGGUUUUGCAACUCAGGUGACUAGACCUCUGAAAUAGAAGAAGAAGAGUAAGAAGAAGAAGGGACCCAAUGGACCUCAUAUGACCCAGAUGGAUUGGAUAGUGCCGGAAGACCUAAACCGCCUUUACUAUGGAAGGGGAUUUAAUUUCGAGGACUGCGGUUGUAAAAAGGAGAUACCGGCCUUUGACGACAGGGAAAAGGUCUUGGAGUUACAGAUAAACUCCGACGAUGACCUAGUCAUAAAUAACCCUGAUGAGAAUGUGGACUUGUAAAGUAGAGGUGUCAUCAUAGAAAUGAAAUAAACUAUAAUCCCUAUUUUGCUAAAUUCGUGUAAAGAUUAUUCGUUCCAACUUGCUGUUCCUAUAUCCUCGGACGACGAGCAUCUGCAAUUUUCACGUCAUUAAGAAUAAGUUACAUUUCAGCCGCGUGUCUGAUUAAAACGAGUUUACCUUCAUCCUGAGAUCUAUUUCCCGUCUUUUCGAACCAACAAUAAAAUAUUUUUAAUUUAUAUUUACAUUUAAUAAUUUAAAAUUAAUUGAUUAAAAUUAUCCGGGAAAUUUCAUUAACUGUGAUUCGUGGCUACUGGACACGACGUAGCCAGGACCCACCGUUAUGAAUUUAAUAACAAUAAUACUGCGUCGCCGAAUAGAAAUUUAAGCCCUGGGUUCCAAUUAUUGUCACAGCUAGAAGAACGAAACAACCAAUGUGUUGCGUAAUCGCACUAUAUUUAAAUUAAAAUAUAGUUGCACUUCCAGCAAAUAAACGCAGCACCUAUUGGGGCCUAGUCUAGAAAUUCAAACUUGGACAUGCGCAUCUUCUCUUUCCUGCCUCGUGUCAAGAAGACGGCCACCAUUAUCUUUCGCUACAUACAUUCAAGAAAUAACACGUGUUAUAUUCAAUCUUUUCAUUUCGUGCUCAUCUCGAGUAAGUAAUUAAAAAUAAGAAGUUAUUUAAUUUAAUUAAGCAUCGAGCUCCAGAAUUAUAUAAUUAUUUAAUUAUUAUUUUAUAUUAUUAAUUAUUUAUAUAUAAUCCAGCUAGUAGAACUCGAGAAAAUCAUUCGUUAAAAACUCACGGAAUUCAAGUGAUCAACGACCACGUUUCUGAAGAGGUUACUUCGACGGAAACCACUACAAGUGCAUUAUUCUGAAGUAAUAAUCAAUUCAGUGCAAUUAAUUAUAAACUCAUUCAAACUAACUAAAUUAAGUGAUCAUAAUUAUUAUAAACACAAUAACCUAAUUUAUUUAUGCAUUAGUGCUAUUAAAAAUAGUAAUUCAAGUGUUCAAUAAUAAACUUCGCUCGUUAAGCUCUGAUUUUAUAUUACUUUUUAUCAUGACGUUUUUACAAUCAAAUCAGUGUUCAACUAAAUUCAAAUUAAUUACUUUAAUUAUUAAAAUCAAUUACUCGAGCUCAAUUUUAUAAUUUGCAUUCAAUGAAUUUCUUCAUUUCAUAUUUAUGAGGUCAGACAAUUAAGAGUAUUAAUAAAUCGAAUCAGGGAUUUAAUUAUGUAACCCAGUGAU